GAUUUGUUUUACCCGGAAACUCGUACCACCUACGAGCCAGCCGAUACCUUGCGCGAUGAAAGCACAAAAGAAUCGCAAAACGUAGCAUCAACGGUGCCAAUUUGUUAAAUAGCGACGCGACUAAAGAUACCGAUACGCUGAGUUGGAAAAAACAAAACAAAAAAAACGUCUCGCGUGCUGUUGAGCUCACUAGCUAACUCGCCCUUUAGCCAUCUGGCUGGAUUGACGUUUGCUAACGUUAGCAUCUAGUUACCGUUAGCAGCCAGGUAGUGUCCGGGGAUGGCUGUGACACAGAGAGGCUGUGUUGUCGUUGGGUAUUUACUCAUACUGCUGCUGGUUGGCUGCAGGGCGAGGAUACACAAGCUUACACUGAGGAAUGAAACCCGCGUUUCUGUCGACCUCAAUAAUUUUGGCUUCUAUGCUAAUGGGACACUGGAUGUAAACCUGGUUUCCCUGCGCCUCCCCAACGAGCAGCAGAACUCCAGCGCCCACCCGGUUGGUUUUAGCCUCUCCAGGUCACGAGUGAAUGGUGUCCUCGCCUACCCAACAGAGGAGACAGAUACGUGCCCCCUCACUCCAACAGAGGUGACCGGUAAUGAAGAGGAGCCUGUUAUUUUUUUUAUUAUUGAUACCAUCGGCCGAAGUGUCACUGUGAAAGCCACAGGUAACCAAGACAACCUCUUGACAGCAAAGCCAAAGGCCGAUGAGUCUAAAGGUCAGAGGAAAACCAGGGCUGCUGAUGACGCUAAGCCAGAAGACGGGGACCAGAAGCCCGACGAUGACAAAAAGGACUCAACUGUGGUUGAGAAGAAAGAAGAUGACACGGUGCCAAAAGCACCAGUGGAAGCUACAAAAAUGGAGGAAAACCAAUUCAAUCUGGGAACGACCAAGCAACUGACGAUCGCUUUGGACAAAGUUGACGGCGCCUACAACUUUAGUUUCCACAUGCAGGUCGGCUCACAGGCACAGGGUCUGUACAGUCUCAAAUUCCACUACUGUCAGAACAGGGUUGCCGGACGCAGACUGCCCUACUCGUUCACUGUGGAGGUGACGGAGAAGAAUCCUGGCGGUUACCUGUCUGCAGCAGAAAUUCCACUGUCUCGUCUUUACAUUUGUAUGGCUGGAAUCUUCUUCACCGCUGCCUUGGUCUGGGUGUACACACUUAUGAAGCACAGGUACAGUGUGUUUAAGAUCCACUGGCUAAUGGCAGCACUGGCCUUCACCAAGUCCAUCUCACUAGUUUUCCACAGUAUCAACUUUUACUUCAUCAACACUGAGGGUCAUCCAAUCGAAGGCUGGGCCGUCAUGUAUUACAUCACACACCUGCUGAAGGGAGCUCUGCUCUUCAUCACCCUGGCACUGAUCGGCACUGGCUGGGCUUUCGUUAAAUACAUCUUGUCUGACAAGGAGAAGAAGAUCUUCAUGAUUGUCAUCCCCUUGCAGGUUCUGGCUAACGUUGCCUACAUCAUCAUCGAGUCUACAGAGGAAGGGUCCAGUGAAUACUACCUGUGGAAGGAGAUCCUCUUUCUGGUUGACCUUAUCUGCUGUGGAGCCAUCCUUUUCCCGGUUGUCUGGUCGAUCCGUCACCUACAAGAAGCUUCGAGCACUGACGGCAAAGCUGCCAUGAAUCUGGAGAAGCUCAAGCUCUUCCGGCAUUAUUAUGUGAUGAUCGUGUGUUACAUCUACUUCACAAGGAUCAUAGCCAUUCUGCUCAAAGUCACCAUGCCCUUCCAGUGGCAGUGGUGCUACGAGUUUCUGGUGGAGGUGUCCACGCUGGUCUUUUUUGUGAUGACGGGCUACAAAUUCCGACCUGCGUCCAAUAACCCGUACCUCCAGCUUCCCCAGGACGAGGAGGACGUGGAGAUGGAUGAAGUAGUGACCGAGUCUGGUGUCCUGGAAGGAAUCUCCAAAGUGAAGAAGACGUCCAACGGACGCGAACGCCAGAAAGAGUCGGCCUUGUGAGCAGGACGCUGCGUCUUCAGGGAGGGACCCACUAAACACCCCCUGACCAGCCACCUUUGCAGGGGGGUGCUCAUGGACCAAGGCUCUAGACCCCCAACGUUGACAGCCGUCAUCGUUUUUGUUUUUUUUUGAAACUCCUGUGUGGCUGCAAGAGAGUUUCAAAAAGGUCAUGUUUCCAGGAAAAGGAAGCGCGACUACUGUCCGGCUAUGCAAAGAAAAACACAAAAAAGGAACAAAACUUAACAACAACAACAAAAAAGAACUAACUUAAUUUGGAAAACUAAAGAUUUCAGGAGACGAGCUCCUGCCACUUGGAUGCGUGGAGAUAUGGAGAGGGGCUCUGAUGUUCUUCACGGUUUCCAUGUCUUCCUCUCUUUCCCUUUCUCUCUAUCUUUCCAAAGAUAAUUAUAAAUAAUUAGAGAAAGACUUUUUUCUUUUGGGUGUGUUUAUAUCGGCUAUUCAAAACGGUACUUUUGUGAGCUUCAUAGUUGUACCUUCUCGUGUGUGAUGUGAGUACUUGUGCGUGCGAGAAUGUUUGUGUGAAUGUGUCAAGAUUUGAACACAACUAUGUUGUUGUUUUCUUCCCUUUUUUGGAGACUAUAGCCCGCACUCAGGUAAAAGGCUAAUUAGUAUACAGUUUAAAAUAAUUAUAAUAAUAACGUUAGGUAUCAGUCUGGACAUGUUCAGGUUUCUGUAAAGCUUCAUCGGCUUCAUGUUUUUUAAUAUAAAAACAUUUGAUUUCUACAUUGAAAUAUAUAUUUAUGGAUGUGAGAGGCUGUGUAUUUCAACAUGUUGGCUUGGUGCAUAUUGAAAUGUUAAGUUUCAGUAUUAUUGAUUAUGUUAGCGAGGUUUGGACGGCUGCUGUAAAUUAGUGCUUUAACGGUUAGAGUUGGACUCACUCUGUGACUGUGGACCUCACAAUGAAAGAACAGGGUUUUGAAUCAAUGGCCCAAACGAGAACAGUGACCUUGUUUUUGUUUUAUUUUUAUUUUUUUUAUUAUAGCUAUAUUUUUGGCCAUGCUGUGUCGAUCUGGGCAGAGAUGUGACCUUCAUCCUUGGAUAUAUUUGGUUUUUUUGGUUUUACCUUCUUUCUUUUUUUUUUUGCUCUUGGCGUGCCGCUUGUUUUAUUAAUUAUCAAUGACGUACUGCUUCAUGAAACGUUAGAAAAUGUGUGCAGGUCAGGUGGACGACGGCCAUUUUGUAAAUACUUAACACAGGAAGACGGACUAAGAGAGAGGAGGCACAUAACACUUUUUUGUAAGAACUGCACGGACGCUGUGAAGACGGUAGUGAGAUGAAGAGGAGGAGGAGGAGGAAAUGAGAGGAGUCGAUGAAAGACUACUAAGGUUUGAGCACCGUCUCUCCUGCACGGUGACAACAGAGCUGCAGUGUCUGCAGACGACCUGGAUUUCCUGUGUUGAGGAAGGUUUUGUGCCUGUUACAGAGAGUUUGUGUGAAAUGUCGCAAUAAAGCUGGUGUUUUUGGAAAGGUCUCACA